AUUUCGAAAUUUAACCUGGUGUAUUCUACUAUUCUUUACUCUCAAUAGUAAAUUGAGACCCCGAGUUCCUAAAAUAUAAAUUAAGUGGCCGUGGAUCUUAAAUUCUGACACGUGGUCCCUUUAAAAACUGCCUUCUCAAAUAUGGUCGGCUGCGGUGGUUGUGGGUCAAACGGAGUACACAUCUGCGCUCCCAUGCGUUCUACCUUAGCGGUGGCUCUGCGGUUAAACGAACGAGUUUUUUUGGACGAACGGUAGACCACCUUCACUUCAGGGCAAAACGGAUACCCUUGCAGAUAAAAAUGUCAUAUUUCAGUAUGAAUGCAAUAGAUUUUGUUUGAAUGGAAGAAGGGUAUAUCAAGUCAAGUGGUGUUCGACCUAGCACGUCGAACAGAAAGGCCUUGUCAAUCUUGUUUGCUUGCUACUUUCCUAGCUGCUAGGGAGCUGUUGUAUGCUAGCUAAAACUUAAAAGGAUUUGAACUCUAGCCAGCUCAAACUGAAAAUGCAGUUACAUUGAAACAUUUUGCUUAGUCAAAAAGUGUUUUAUAUUUGAGCUUAACUAUUUUCUAGAGAUGGCUAGCUGAUGCAGGUAGUUCGCUGCUAGUUCAUUUCUUUGGGUUCCACUGCCUAGUAAUAUUGAUUUGAAUGUGCAACCAGCUAACGUUAGCUAACUGUCUUUUUCUCAGUAGCUAACUACAUUGCUUUAUUAUGCUUCUUUAGCUACCAUAGUUCUAAGCAUUAACGUGGAAGUAGCUAGUAGGAGGCUAAAGAAGCAUCCGCAGUAAAACAAGGAAGUAAAUUAAUUUGGCUAAGUAGCCCUUGUUUUUGUGCCAUACCACUGGAGGCUGGUUUGAUUUGUACGUUACUAGAGUUGCAGUGGGCAACAUUUUAUCCUCAAACCAUUCUAGGUAACUUUGCCACCUGUCUCGUAUUUCGACAGCUAAUCGAUAGGUAGCUAACUCGUUAGGCAGCUGACUCGAGGGCGAAAUGAUUCCAGACAAAGCACCAAAGGAGGACGUUUUUCAUGCAGGAGGAGCCUUGAAGAAGAACGCUCAUGUUCCCAACUUUGAAAAUUACAAAGAACUCUACCUGAAAUCCAUUGAAAAUCCAGAUGAAUUCUGGAGUGACAUUGCAAAAGACUUCUACUGGAAGUCGAAGCACACGGGCCAGUUCUUGGACUACAACUUUGACGUGACGAAGGGGGAGAUCUACAUCAAGUGCAUGGAGGGAGCCACCACCAACAUCUGCUACAAUGUCCUGGACCGCAACGUUCAUGAGAGGAAGCUUGGGGACAAAGUGGCAUUCUACUGGGAAGGGAAUGAGCCUGGCGACGUGAUGAAGGUGACCUACAGAGAGCUGCUCCAGCAGGUGUGCCAGUUUGCCAACGUGCUCAAGUCCCAGGGGGUGAAGAAGGGGGACCGCGUGUCCAUCUACAUGCCCAUGGUGGUAGAGCUGGUGGUGGCCAUGCUGGCCUGCGUCCGCAUCGGGGCUGUGCACUCAAUCGUGUUUGCAGGCUUUUCGGCAGAGUCGCUGUGCGAUAGGAUCCUGAACUCCCAGUGCUCGUUGCUGAUCACGGCCGAUGGUUUCUACAGAGGAGAUAAGCUGAUCAACCUGAAGGUGAUCGCUGACGACGCGCUGCAGAAAUGCAGGGACAGAAGUUUCCCAGUUCAGAGGUGUAUCAUGCUGAAACAUCUGUCCAAGGAGGUGGAGGCCGCUCCCCUGGUCUCCCAGUCCCCCCCUGCCAAGCGGACCUGUCCCGACCUGCAGCAGGAGAAACAGAAAGACGGCGUAAAGAAAAUCCGUCCCGUCCCUCAGGUGCCGUGGAACCCUGAGGUGGACCAGUGCUGGCGCAGCUUGCUGAGUGGCGCGUCUGACGAGUGCGAGCCGGAGUGGUGUGACUCUGAGGACCCCCUUUUCAUCCUCUAUACCAGCGGCUCCACGGGGAAACCUAAAGGUGUUCUACACACCGUCAGUGGCUAUAUGCUCUACGUGGCCACCACCUUCAAGCUGGUGUUUGACUACCAGCCUGACGACGUGUACUGGUGUACGGCCGACAUCGGCUGGAUCACGGGCCACUCCUACAUCACCUAUGGACCCCUGGCCAACGGUGCCACCAGCGUCCUGUUCGAGGGUCUGCCCACCUACCCGGAUGUGAGCCGCAUGUGGGAGAUAGUGGACAAGUACCAAGUUACCAAGUUCUACACGGCGCCCACAGCCAUCCGCCUCCUCAUGAAGUAUGGCAGCGAGCCCGUCCAGAAGUACAAUCGGGAGUCUCUGAAGGUGCUGGGGACGGUGGGGGAGCCCAUCAAUCCAGAGGCGUGGCAGUGGUACUACAGCGUGGUGGGGGAGAAGAGGUGCCCCGUGGUCGACACCUUCUGGCAGACUGAGACCGGUGGCCACGUGUUGACUCCUCUUCCUGCUGCGACGCCCAUGAAGCCUGGCUCAGCUACCUUCCCUUUCUUUGGAGUUGUCCCAGCCAUUUUGAAUGAGUCUGGGGAGGAGCUGGAGGGACCAUGCGAGGGUUACCUUGUGUUCAAACAGCCCUGGCCAGGAGUCAUGAGGACUGUGUAUGGGAACCACCAGAGGUUUGAGACAACCUAUUUCAAGAAAUUCCCUGGAUACUACGUCAGUGGUGACGGUUGCCGUAGGGACAAGGAUGGGUACUACUGGAUCACAGGGAGGAUGGAUGACAUGUUGAAUGUCUCAGGUUUUCUCCCUACUGAACACACACCAGGCCAUCUGCUGAGCACGGCGGAGGUGGAGUCGGCCCUGGGAGAGCACGCGGCGGUGGCCGAGGCAGCAGUGGUGAGCCGGCUGCACCCUGUCAAGGGGGAGAGUCUCUACUGCUUUGUCACGCUCACCGAUGGAGUCGGCUUCAACCGCACCCUGGAGGCCGAGCUCAAAAAACAAGUGCGAGAGAAGAUUGGUGCCAUUGCCACCCCAGACUUCAUACAGAAUGCUCCAAGCCUUCCAAAGACCAGAUCAGGUAAGAUUAUGCGGCGCGUGCUUCGUAAGAUUGCCCGUAACGAGCGGGACCUUGGGGACUUGUCCACGCUAGCUGACUCCUCGGUCAUCGAGCAGCUCUUCCUGAACCGCUGCUGUGGCGCAGUGUGAGCUUCCACCUGCAGAGGGAGCCAGAGAGCCCUGCCAGGGCAAAGCUGGAAGGAAGGGGAGGAAGAGUUGCAGGAGGAGAUGCAUGCAUUAAACUGUAGAGCCUUCACUGUGGGGCUCAAGCCAAAACUGGGUUUGAGGAAACACAUCCCUCUAGUUUGUCAGGAGUUCUGUUCUCCCCAGUUAUAAAGUACAGUUGAUGUACUAUUAGAUUCAAAGUUUGCUUUUUUUCAUUUGAACUAUGUAGACUUUUGUCAUUUUGUUUUAUUUUCUUUGCAGCUUGACAUAGGAUCGCUAUGUGUGUUUGUGUCUGCAUGCUUGAAAUGUUUUAAGUUGAUGUAUUUUCUACCCCCUGUGUAUUCUAGAGACAGAGGGUGUUUGUUAGUGUGAACAUCUCUUUUAGUCUGUAAGUAUGGGAUGAUUGUACUAGAGAAAAAAAGGUCACAUUUUGAAAAAACAACUUAAGGACGCAUAAACCUUUUAUGGCGCCUACCUACUGGACGUCAGCUCCCGGUGCUGUGGUAGAACGUUGCUGUCAUUCAUGAGCAAACGUCAUUUGGGGGGGGGGGGGCCUGACAGACAUAUUUGGCAUAGAUGCAAGGAUCUGUUAUUGCCCUUUAUGUCAUAGGACUUUGCUUAUACAUGAUUGUAGUUCUAAUGAAGACUUGUUGUUUAUUUAAAAGUGGGACCAAACAUAAAAUGCAGGACCCAUUUAGAUUUUUAAAAUUGAUUUAAUAGCAAAACUGUCAAUGUGUUCAUGUGCCAACAUAACAUUGAAGCUGGAUGUUAUAAUCGUGUCGGUUAAAAACAAAAAUGUUUGUUUUGAAAUAACUUCUGGUAUUAGGGCCUGGGCAAAAAAAAGACGUUUUGCAAUUUUAUCUUUUUGUUGCCCCUUUGUAUCAAAGCGACAUGCAAUAACUCAUUUUAAAUUGACUUGACUACUUCUUGUGAUCUAGUUUUAGUGGUCAUUAUUUUGGAUGAAACCUGGGUUGUAUUCACUAGGCACUAAACUAGAAAACAGAGAGAUUACUAGGACUUUUUAAUUUAACCUUUAUUUUUUUUUAGGCAAGUCAGUUAAGAACACAUUUCUUAUUUGUCCAAUAAGAAAUGCUCAAUUUUGUCCUCUUGCAAAAGGUUUAAAAUGUUUUCUGUUGCAUACCCUGAUGAAUACAACCCUGUCCUGGGCAUGUUGGAGUGCUGUAAUCGUUUUAUUCAUUCACCUGCAUCUCUCAUCUCGCACCUCUUUGUGCAGUUUGUCUUGACCUUUCUUACAUUCUCCAGUAGAUGGUGCUAUAACAUGUGUUUUCUGAAAUCCUCAGGUUCCUCAACUCUACUAUGUCUUUUCCCUGUAGUGUUCUUCUGUAGAGCCAGUUUGAUCUGUCAGUCAGCAGACAGUUCAAUGGAUAUUAUAUGCACACGAUGAUAGACCUAUACUGUGUCCACGUUCAGUGUCUGACUGAACGUCACAUGAUGCAUAGCAUGGAUGUGACGGUAUUGUUUAGUUAGAAGCAGAAAUCUCUAGGAGACAUGAGUAUCACAGAAAUACUACUUUAUGCUCUGCUGCCUGUCGAAACAAAUCCGUGGACUACUUAUCUUUCUUGUCGAUAAUUUAGCAUUUUCUGCUAUAAUUGGCAUUAUUUUUCUUCCAAGGGCACUUGGAUACAUUAUCAUAGAUGAGUUAAGAAGUCCUUAAUCGUUCCCUGUUUUAUUUAUUUUUUAGUAUGGCAUCUAUUUUACAUAUAGUUUGACUUGGUCUGAAAAUAACGUGUAUUAUUUAAAAGUGUGAAUGCAUUAUAGAAUACUGGUAUGCUGUAAAUUAAAUAAUUCUGCAGAUUGUGUGUGGUGUGUGUGUACAUGCGUCUUGGCCAGGUGGUCAUUGUAAAUGAGAAUUGUUUUUUCAAUUGACUCCUCUGGUUAAAUAAAGGUCAAAUAAAAAGCG